AUGAAUACUACAUGGCAAGCCACCCUUGCGCAGCGUCAAUAUCGUCCCGGGGGAAAGCUCCAGCAACGCAACAUCGUUGCACGCCACCGUUUUGUCGAUCAUUGGAAGAAGAGAAGCACCCUUACGAACCACGCCCUCUCCAUACAUGCUAGCAGUAGUACGGCGAGAACCGUACCCUCUUUCUGCCGGCCCUGGCACUCGGCGUCCGGCCUUGUACUUGUAACGACGCUUUGGGACCCCUUCAAUAUCAAUUACGCCCGACAUGGCCCCGAGUGUGGAGGAACGGGCAUGUCGGGGAUAAUCGCCUCUCCCUUGCCUGUGACGCGACAAAUGCCCGACUGGCAGAUUGCUUUCCCUGCUCUGCCGCAACUCAAAGAUGCAGCCAGCCCUGCAACAGCCCUUCAAGCCCAUGCCAGCAAGGCUUCAUCAACACCUAGUAGCCAGAACUAUGCUACCCGCAAGCCUGGACAGGGUUUGCAUCUUUGGGGGGAUGCCUCUCGUUCUUGUCACCUGAUAUUGCCGUCCCCUACCAACGUAUCGUCAAGCCCUCCGUUACUACGAGCAAUUCGUACGGGAUAUCACCAGGCUUCGUUCGGCCAGGCCAUCUUUGACGAGUGA